AUGAGACUCGCAGCCUUGUUCGCCCUCCCGACGAGUUGGUGCUGGGUGCACGCUCAAACGAUCACCGUUAGAAGCCUCAAAUCAACUUCAUCGUCCUCUUCCUCGCUGCCGUUCAACUCGUCCUUCGUCUUUGACGGCACCAACUCGGACAUCGCCCAGCAGCUCUACAUCCGCCACAAAGCGGGCGACACGGGCGCCGCCCUCGACCUCACGUUUGUCCCCAGCGCCGUGACCAAGCGGCUGAGUCCUCUCAACAUCGCCUUCAACGACCUGCCGGGCCUCGUCCAGCGCGCUGUGCUCUGGGACUCGGGCUUCGCCGUCUCGCCCGACAACGACCCGGUGCAGAUCUGGACCAUGGGCGACUACUCCAUGACCGACAUCGCCAUCCCCAAGGCCGACGUGGCCAACGUGGACUGCACGUUCCUCAACUGCUCGCAGCCCAACGCCGAGACGGCCUACUUCACGAAGACCUGCACGGGCUACCAGAUCCUCAACGCCUCUCGCUGCGUCGUGGAUCUGUUCGAGGACCCAGGCGCUGGCAGCUUCCUGGGAACAAUGUGGUCAACUGGGGGAUUUCCCAACAGGACACCUGAGCUGAGACUAAGAGAGCACACGUGGACACAGGACAUCGACGAGUUCGGAGGCAACAUCACCUUCUCCGUCUACUCGGUUCACACGGUGCCCACCUGCGAUCUGGACGACGGGUUCUCGCCGCCUUACUGUGGGGUCUCUCAGUCCAUUGCUACAACGAGGCAUUGGACUACCCCCACCUCCCCUCUCUGGAGUCUUUCUGGAGACUAUGAAGGAGCAGGAUCCAACAAGACCCUUAGGAUAUUGCUAGCCAGCCAGCACCUAAACGGGAAGCGCAUUCCCUACAACAACUUCGCCUUUCAACAGGCCAUUUCCAAGGGGGGAUCCGGAGAAGUCUGGGUCUGCGAGUACAAUCAGCGAAAGGUGGCGGCCAAGAGACUGCAGGAACAGAAGGCUGAGAAGGUGCACGCUUUUGCCGAGGAGAUCGAGCUAAGUGCCAGCCUCAUUCACCCCCACAUCGUCGAAUUCAUUGGCGUGGCUUGGAGCAGUCUCAGCAAUUUAGUGAUGAUCCUCGAAUACGUCCCCGGUGGAACCCUGUGGAGCUUCCUCAACACAAACGCAGAGCUGUUGUCGUGGGCGAGGUGCAAAAUCGACAUUGCAAUCGGAAUCGCUCAAGCUUUGGAGUACUUGCACGACCGCCCGCCUCCUCUCAUCCAUCGCGACCUCAAGUCGAGCAACAUGUUGCUGACGGAUAAGCUGGAGCCCAAGCUGAUCGACUUUGGAGUGAGCCGCGGAAUUGCUGAUAUCACGAUGACUGCUGGCGUGGGCACGCCCUACUGGACGGCGCCGGAGAUCUUGGAAGGCAAGCGGUAUACUGAGCAGGCGGACGUUUAUUCGUUCGGCGUGGUGCUGUCCGAGUUGGAUACGGGUAUUGCCCCCUACAGUGCGGAUGAGAGGGAAGGCGGGGGCAGGUUAAAUCAUUUACAGAUCUUGAAAGGGGUCGUGGCCGGCACAUUGCGUCCGACGUUCUCGUCCGAGUGCCCUCUGCGAAUUCAACGUGUUGAAGCCUGUUUGGCCCAUAACCCAGUGAACCGCCCCACAGCACAGCACUUGCUUCGAGAGCUAGAGGGUGACGGCGAAGAUUUGAUGUAUGACCUAUGA